GAUCAUACCAUCAAGCAGGGAGGGGCGGCGCGCUGAUGGUCUACAGGUAGAGAGCAGGAGGGAGAGGAGGAGAGAAAGAGAGAGGAGUGCGGUGCGCGAACAUCAGAGAAGAUGAGUGACAGUCGGAAAAGAAGCAGCAUGUAAAAUUAUGGUAUUCUGGAAAUUAUAAGACGACAUGAAAUGUUGAAGUGGUAAAAAUGAACAAACCCAAAAUGGCCACAGAGAAAGGCGUUCCCAGUAACUCCAGGGUACUGAUGCUCCUGGGCCAGCUGGAGAGGAUGAAUGGAGAGGCCAUGGUGAAGGAUGUCGAAACGGCAAGACAGAUCACUGCAAAGAUAUUUCAUCUCAUACAGACACAGGAGAAGAGCGGAAAAGAGGUGAUGUCUAAAGGCUCCAGUGGCAUGGAGGUCAUCCUGGCUUCACUGGAGAAUACCAGGGAUGUCCAGACCACUCUGAACAUUUUGUACAUUCUCAGUGAGCUGCUGACUGUGGGCAGAGGCCGCAGGGUGGCAGUAUUUGUGUCUAAAGGAGGAACAGGAAUAUUAUUCCAGAUUCUGAUCUCUGCUAGUAAAGAGCUGCCUCCGAGUGAGGAACUCAUGCUGCAGCUGCACUCACUGCUCGCCAAGGUUGGCCCAAAAGACAGAAAGUUUGGAGUGAAGGCCCGUUUGAGCGGAGCGCUGAACGCCACAGUCAACUUAACGAAACAGAACCUACAGAAUACCAAACUGAUUCUGCCCUGCCUGCAGGUUCUCAGGGUUUACUCCACCAACUCGGUGAAUGCUAUUUCUUUGGGCAAGAACGGAGUGGUGGAGCUCAUGUUAAAGAUAGUCGUGCCGUACAGCAAGAAGAGCACCAGCCUGCUGAAGGUAGCUCUGGAUGCACUGGGAGCACUGCUCAAAUCCAAAACGAAUGCUCGCCGUGCAGUGGAUGGCGGACAUGUGCCUGUCUUGCUGGCUCUGUACCAGGACUGGCAUCGCAAUGACACACGGCAUCGCCACAUGCUGAUUCGCAAAGGGCUGCUGGUCUGCCUCAGGAACAUCACCAACAUCAAGCUCGGCAGGAAAGCCUUCAUAGACGCUGAUGGCAUGAGGAUCCUCUACAACUCAUCCACCGAGUGUCUCCCGGUGCGGACUCUGGAUCCUCUCGUCAACACCUCGAGUCUCAUCAUGAGGAAGUGUUUUCCUAAGAACCGUCUGCCUCUGCCCACCAUCAAAUCGACCUUCCACUACCAGCUGCCACAUGUACCUGCUGCAGGGCCUGUGGCACAGCUCUACAGCCAGCCACCUGGGGGAAGAAAAAUUCAUCAGCUCUGCAACAGGCCCUUAAAGAAGGUGGAUGAUGUGGUGGACGAAAGUGACGAUAACGAGGAGACGGACGCGGACACAGAGAACGAUACAGAGAAUGAGGAGGACGAGAAGGAUCAGCACGCCGCGAAUGAUGACAUAGAGACGGACCUAAACAAGCUACAUCCCAAAAAGAACCCUGGCCGUCCGUUUGAAGAGUUGAGGGUCUAUGAGAGGUUCUUCUUGGAGCUUUCUGAAGAUUUCCAGGGUUAUAACUUUGAAUCCUCAAAGAGUGCCUCUACCACAUCUUCAUCAUUGUCUUACACUUCAUCAUCAGCCUCAACUCGAUCCACUCGGCCAAUCAUAGUGCCCACAGCUCAAGCCCUGUCCCCAAAGCACGUCCCCGUAUUGAGCUUGCAGGUGGAUUGCAACCCUACCAAAGGACAACACACCCUGCCGUCUCCUGCGCCCACUCCUGCUCCCCGUGCUCCUCUAACACCUCUAGAACUGGACUCCAUCCACCUCACCAAGGACCAAGACAAAAAAGAGGAAGCCCACAUUCCUUCCCCUGACACGCAUACAACAUUGUCCUCCCUCACCAGGCCUCCUUCUCAAGGCCAGAUGAUAGAACAGGACCUAGCACAUGUGUUGGACUGUGUCUCUCUAGAAGAGGAGGGGGCUCUGAACACAGGAGAAGAAGGAGAAAGGGGAAUCAAACAAGAAGGAUCUCCAGUCAAUGCCACGAGGCACAUACAAUCUCCUCUGCUCUUAGGGGGCAUCUCUACUCGACGUGUGGGAGGAGGAGGCAGUAACUGGGGGUCAGAUUGUGGCUCAGAGGGUGCAGAGGACGAGGGAGCAGUUCUGGAGGUGCCAGACACGGCGCUGCUCCUCCCGCUGCAUGACCCCGACCUGUACGUGGAGAUGGUGAAGGGAACAGGCUCCGUACCCCAGUACGCUGAAGUGGCUUACCCAGACUACUUUGGCCAUGUAGCUUCAACAUUUAGGGAACCCCUUCAAGAGAGAGUUUAUGGUGUACAGAGGUCUAAAAUAUUCCAGGACAUUGAGAGGCUGAUCCAUCCUAAUGAUAUCGUGGAUAAAGUAGUUUACGACCUGGACAUUCCCAGUUGUCCUGUGAUUGAAGACGAUGGCGAAUCACUGAAGUUCAACUCUCAGUUUGAGUCUGGCAACCUCAGGAAGGCAGUUCAAAUUAGGAAAUAUGAGUAUGACCUGGUGCUGAAUUCAGACAUCAACAGUAAUCACUACCACCAAUGGUUCUACUUUGAGGUGAGCGGCAUGCGUGUUGGAACCACCUACCGCUUCAACAUCAUCAACUCUGAGAAGUCAAACAGCCAGUUCAACUACGGCAUGCAGGUGCUGAUGUACUCGGUGCAGGAGGCGAUCAGUGGCAGGCCUCGCUGGGUCAGAACAGGAACAGACAUCUGUUACUACAAGAAUCACUUUGCUCGGAGUUCCAUUGCAGCUGGUGGUCAGAAAGGAAAGUCCUAUUAUACGAUGACCUUCAGCACAAGCUUCAGCCAUAAGGAUGAUGUCUGUUACUUCGCCUAUCAUUACCCUUAUACAUACUCCACUCUUAAGAUGCACCUGUCCAAACUGGAGGCUUUGAGGACCCCUCAGAUCUACCUGAGACAGGACGUCCUGUGUGAAACUCUGGGGGGAAACAACUGCCCCCUUCUCACCAUCACUGCCAUGCCAGAGUCCAACUCCAAUGAUUACAUCUGUCAAUUCAGGAAUCGUCCAUUGAUCUUCCUGUCGGCCAGAGUGCACCCUGGAGAGACCAACGCCAGCUGGGUAAUGAAGGGCACGCUGGAGUUCCUGAUGGGCACCAGCCCACUGGCAGCCAGCCUCAGAGAGGCCUACAUCUUCAAGAUAGUCCCCAUGCUUAACCCUGAUGGAGUUGUAAAUGGAAAUCAUCGUUGUUCUCUGAGUGGAGAGGAUUUGAAUCGCCAGUGGCAGAACCCCAAUCUUGAGCUCCACCCCACCAUCUACCACACUAAGAGCCUGCUGCAGUACCUUGCACACAUACAAAGAGCACCACUGGUGUUUUGCGACUACCACGGUCAUUCCAGGAAGAAGAAUGUGUUCAUGUACGGCUGCAGCGUGAAGGAGACCGUCUGGCAGUCCAAUAUCAGUGCUACGUCCAGUGACUUACUAGAGGACCUUGGAUACAGGGCUCUUCCCAAGAUCCUGUCCCAGAUCGCCCCGGCCUUCAGCAUGGCGAGCUGUAGUUUUGUGGUGGAGCGCUCCAAAGAGUCAACCGCCCGCGUGGUUGUGUGGAGAGAGAUAGGAGUGCAACGCAGCUACACCAUGGAGAGCACGCUCUGUGGCUGUGACCAGGGCAAAUAUAAGGGUCUUCAAAUCGGCACCAGAGAGCUGGAGGAGAUGGGAGCUCAGUUCUGUGUGGCCCUGCUGAGGCUGAAGAGGCUCACGGGGCUUCGCAAUCACCAACACCUCCUGGAUUUAGAGAGCGAUAUCAUUGGGACACAGUCUAAAGUGGUCAGCAGCAGUCCCACCACCUAUGUGAUGGAGGAGGACGAGCCGUCCUUUCUGGAGGCGAUAGACUACAGCGCAGAGAGCAACGACGAGGACGCCGAGCCUGAAAACGAGCACGCCACUGACGUCCAAGGGACUCCCGAUCACAUCGAUCAGCUGUCGGACACUGAGACGAAUCACAGGGACUAACGCUGAGGUUUUUAUGUCCUCUAACACCAGGCAAUUUGAGCUUAUGAGCUGAUCUAAAAUUAAAUAUGUCACGGGUGAAAUAGAACACAGUUCUCACUUUGACUAGCUUAGAUUUACACCUAACCCUAUUAUAUAGACACUUUAUGAUGGUACGUAGGCUACGCUGAGGUGCUCCUUUCCCAGAUGGAUUGAUUUUGUUGGCCCUCUGGAGCCAACUGUGUUGCUCAAUGAAUGUUCUCACCUUUCACCGUCAUCCUAUAACCUUCAUGAACUGUAACCCCUGACCUCAGACACCAUAUAGCCUCUGAGAUCCACGUAUAGCUAGCCAGAGCAGCAAACAGCAGGCACCGCCGAUCCUUAACUUGAACCCUCGUCCACUCGCUCAUUUCCUCACAGCCGAUCUCACACUGAAGCUACCUGACCGGGCUGUGGUAGUGUAAUAGAGCCAGUGGCUUCUGUAGGUACUGUUUUUGAAUCCCCUCUCACACAUCAGUCAACCAGUGUUAGGUGCUGAUGGGAGGAAACUGGAUCUCCCCCACUGACAAGCUUACAGAUCCAACCAACCUGCCUUCUUGUUUCCUUUGUCCUUCCUUGCUUUAGUCUUGCACUUUAACUUUAUACUCCUUUUGGUGACACUUCCUUGUGUACCUCCUUGCUUGCCUCCUUGUUCCCUUCCUUUUUUUUUUCUGAAAAGCCAAGGUAGUGGUGUCUAAAUGAGAUGCAGGGAUGACCAAACAAACGUCAUCCCGAGUGUCCCAUGUAGAAAAACCUACUCAGAUGUAACUACACUUGAGUCGUGACCUCACUUCCUCUCUUUAACCCCUCCCUCUUCUUCGGCCGCAGUCCGAUAAUCCAUGUGCUGUUUGCCUUGCUUUAUCCAAAACUGAAACUAUUUAUAUCACUCAAAUGUAGAAUGUUCACGUCUUUUAUCAAGACAAACCUUGUACUAUAACAUAAAUGCAGAUAUAAACACAUACCACAUACUAACUCUAACACAGGUCUGGUUUGAGUGUCUCUGUCACGUAGAGCAUUAAAAACAUGAAGAUGGACUGUAAAAAUAUCCACUCGCACUGUUGGUGUUUUUAAUAAUAGUAAUAAAAGCCGUAACGAACAAGACGCAUGAGCUGCAGAGAGCAGAAAAACCCUUUUGCACUUUGGAUAAACACUAUACACGCAAAACAAAGAGAAACAAACUAAAUGGAAACAUCACUUUGUCAGUUUGCAAACCUCAACUUCAGUCACCUCAUUAGUUUGAAGUUCUCCAAAGCUGGUGGUAACAUUGCUGUGAUGUUUUAAAAAAUUAUACUGGAAUUUAAUUUCCUUUUUAUCCGUUCCUCAAAUCUGUGUGUACAUUUUGUGGAUUUGCAGAGGAGAAACCCCAUGCAUAAAUAACAGAUGGUGCUUUGUAUUGAGAGUAUAAAGUAGUUUGUUUAUUUCUUUAUUUGUUCAUGGAGAUGAGGUACGCUUCUGUUGUACAGCUAUCGCAUGGCGAUGUUUUUAUUUUGUAAUUUAUUAAAUAUUGUUUUUUUCUGGGAUGCAAACCUGUAUGUAUAUGAGGCAUUUUGAGUGUAUGAGUGCAAGUGUGUGUGUGUGUGUAGGAGUUUAAGUUAUUCCAUUAUUCAGCUCAGCUAAUGCUCUUACAGUGUGUUUCUUCUUUCAAUUUGAUUAUCCCGUCUCACUCCCCCUUACCCAAUCAUUCUCUCUCUCUCCUCCCCUCUAACCUCUUUCAUUCCCUCAUUUUCUAUCUUUCUCUUGGCUCUACUUUCUUUCAGAUUUUACUCAUGAACAACUGAUAAACCCAGGGAGGUCAUUUUUCUGGGCGCGUGUGUGUAAAGGAUAUAUGAUGUGAAACAAUAUCCCUAUGAGAACUGUUAUAUUUAUGUUUUGUCCGUAGCAGUUUACGUCGGGAUACUCUUGUUUUUAUGUUCGUUUUGAGGGAAACAAGAUAGCAACUCAUUUUAAGUUGAUUGUAACGCAGAAAAUUGGAGAGUGGAGACAUGGGAAAUAAAAUGUGAAUGUCGUAAA